GCUUGGGGGCUCAGCCUUCUAACCUCAACUGGUAGUCACUGGCAGACUCGGCGGAAGUUGCUCACUCCGGCCUUCCACUUCAAGAUCCUGGAACAGUUCGUCGACGUCUUCAACAAACAAAGCAGCAAACUUGUCAGUAUACUACAGAAGAAAGCUGAUGGGAAACCUUUCGACAUAUUUGAUGACAUUACCCUUUGUGUCCUGGACGCUCUUUGUGAGACAGCGAUGGGUCGCUCGAUCAACGCUCAAGAUGACAGAAACUCUGAGUAUGUUCAGGCUGUCAAGAGGAUAACCGCAUUGAUACAAUACCAAGAGUUCCGACCUUGGCUGCGUAAUGACUUCCUGUUCAAGCUGCUGGGAUAUGCCAAGGAGUAUGAUGCUUGUCUCAAGAUCCUCCAUAACAUGUCCACCAGCACCAUCAGGGAGAAGAAGAAAUAUCUGAAGAACAACAAGAACAAAACUGCAGUUCAUCAGGAAGAUGAUGUAUUGGGUAAGAAGAACGUUCGGGCCCUUUCCCUCGACCUCCUGUUAGAAUACGCUGAAGACAAUCCUGAGUUCACUGAAGAAGAAAUACGGAAGGAGGUAGACACCUUCAUGUUUGCUGGCCACGACACCACCGCCUCAGCCGUCAACUGGACUCUCUAUAAUCUGGGUCUUCAUCCAGACAUUCAGUAUAUUUACUUUUAUUGUAACUACCUAUCACACAGAUGA